GUCGUCCUCCUGGAGGAGGUGUGGUCAGAGCUCUUUGUCCUGAACGCAGUCCAGUGGUCUCUGCCGCUGCCCACGUGCCCCCUCCUCUCGCCCUCCGCCCACGCCCACGCCCUUGCCCACGCCCACAAAGCAGCCCAGGCCGCCCACGACAUCAGACAGCUCUCUGAAGUGGCGGGAGCUUUCAGGGACUUGGCCGUCGACCCUGCGGAGUUCGCUUACCUGAAGGCCAUCGUCCUCUUCAGACCGGUCCGCGGCCUGAAGGACGCGGCGCAGGUGGAGUCGCUGCAGGACCAAGCUCAGGUGAUGCUCAGCCAGCACGUGAGGGCGCACUACCCCGCCCGCCCCGCUCGCUUCGGCCGCCUGCUCCUCCUGCUGGCGACGCUCAGAUCUCCGCCUCCUCCGCGGGUGCAGGCGCUCUUCUUCACGGCCACGAUCGGCAACACGCCCAUGGAGAAGAUCCUUUGCGACAUGUACAAGAGUUGA